GGUGUCACGGCGUGGUCUACUCCCACCGGCACCAGGGAGUGAUCGAGUCGUUGAACUUUCCAAACAACUACCCAGCCAACGGUCUGUGCAGCUGGACCAUCCAGGCCAGCACUGGAAACACAAUCAACUACACCUUCAACGCCUUCCAGCUAGAGGCCACGUCCAGCUGCAGCUUCGACUACAUCAAGCUCUAUAACGGGCCUGAUGAGCAGGCUCCUUUGAUUGGUGCGUUCUGUGGGAACACGCCCCCUCCAGCCAGCAGCACUACAGGCUCAGCCCUAACCGUGGUGUUUAGAAGUGACUCCUCCAUUUCCAUGGCUGGCUUCCAGAUGAUGUGGUACCAGAACGGAUGUGGAGGAGAUCUCCAUGGGCCCAGCGGCUCCAUCAGCAGCCCGGGUUACCCCAACAAGUACCCUGAAAACAGAGAGUGCAUCUGGUACGUCACCACCUCACCUGGAAGCAGCAUCACCAUGACCAUCCACGAGUUUGAUGUGGAGUUCCACGCAGACUGCAACUAUGACGUUCUAGAAGACUUUGGAGAUGAUGCAGAUGCUUUAGGUCUGCAGCCAGCUGUUGGGACGGUUCUGCUGAACAAGCGUCCGAUAAAAGGCAAAGACCUGAACGAUUUCUGGAAUAGGUGCAUGUCUGAUAACCUCAUGCACAUGGGGAAGUCAGUGCGUUUCACUCUGUCCGUGGACUCUAGUGUCUCUGCUCUGAAGAUAAAAGGAAAGUUCACCCGCUGA